AUGCACCGCACCGCAUCGCAUCGCACCGCACUGCACUGCAUCGCACCGCACUACAUUGCAUCACAUCGCACAGCACCACACCGCAUCGCACUGCACCGCACUGCGUCGCAUCGCAUAACAUCCAUUGCACCGCACCGCAUCGCAUUAAUCGCAUCGCACCGCAUCGCGUCGCACCGCAACGCAUCACACCACAUCGCAUUCCACCGCACCGCAUCGCAUCGCACCGCACUGCACUGCAUCGCACCGCAUUACAUUGCAUCACACCGCACAGCACCACACCACAUCGCACUGCACCGCACUGCGUCGGAUCGCAUAACAUCCAUUGCACCGCACCGCAUCGCAUUAAUCGAAACGCACCACAUUGCACCGCACCACAUCACACCACACCACACAUUACCCCACCGCACCGCACCACACCGCACUGCCCCGCAUCACACCUCAUCGCAUCGCAUCGCACCAAAUCACAUCGCACUGCUCUGCACUUCAUUCCAACGCAUCGCAUCGCACCGCAUUGCAUCGCACCGCAGUGUACCGCACCGCAUCACAUUGCAUCGCAUCGUACUGGGCCACAUCCACCGCACCACAUCGCACCGUACCGUUCCACACCGUACCCAACCGCACUGCACUGCACCGCACCGCACUACAUCACAUUGCAUCGCAUCGUAUGGCAUCGCACCUCAUCGCAUUUAA